UACGCGCAGUUAUACUUUAGACCGGAGCCAAUUAGUGGCCAACAGCAACAACAACAACAGCAGCAACUAGCGCAACAGCAGACACAUCAGACGCAACAACAGCUGCAGCUGCAGCGCCAGCAACAGCAGCAAGUGCAGCAGCAAUUGCUCGCCCAACAGCAGCAGCAAUUGCAGAUCCAACAACUGCAGCAACAACUGCUGCUGCAACGGCUCGAGCGUGAGUUGCAGCAGCAACAGCAACAACAGCAGUUAGCCCAACAGCAACAGCAAUUUCUCUACCAUCAACGGCAAUAUUACGAGCGACGUCAUCGUUGGCUACCCAGCGGCAAUCACUACGACUAUCUGCCACUGCAGCAACAGCACCAGCAACAGCACCAGCAGCAACAGCAGCAGCAUCAACAGCUGCAGCAGCAGCAACAACAACAGCAACAGUAUAGUUAUUACUUUAGUCGCGGCAGCAGCAGCGGCAGCGGGCUGGGUCUCGGCCUGGGUUUGGGCCUGGGUUUCGGACUGGGCAGCAGCAAUUUAAACAGCUGGUAUCAUUUGCCCUCCACCUCGGCGCACAUUUACAUUGGCAGCAGCAGCAGCGGGGGUGCUCCUUAUCCAUAUCGCCUAGGAUAUAGCGGAGGCGGUUAUCCAGCAGCAGCGUUGAUUAAUUUUGAUGCCUCACCAACUCCGUUGCUAACAGCAUCGACAGGUAGUUCCCCUGGAUAUCUGCCAGCUCUGCCGGCACCAGUGUUGCCACCACCGCCACCAGCGCCCAGUGUAGCCACCGACUACUAUUUCAGCAGCAGCGCCAGUAAAACAGCAGCAGCAGCAGCAACAGCAACAGCGGCAGCGGCAGCAGCAGCAGCAGCGGCGGCAGCAGCGGAAGAGGAGCUACAAGCUGGCGGCUAUUGCUACAAGGCCACGCCACGCCGGCGAUACGACGCGUACGACAACUACGGCUAUCUGCCGGGCAUUGCCAGCACCACUGAAGACGAGGACGAUCUGCUUGAGGAGUGCUUGCCAGCGGCAUUGUUAUCCACGGACUGUGAGAGUCUCGAGGACGUGCGCUUUUUGCAAUACAAUAGCAACCAUCAUCCGGAGUUUGACGACGACGACGACGAGGAGGCGCAACUGGCGCAUAUACUUGAUCUUGAUCUGCCCGAUUUUCUACGCCCUUACAGCGGCGGCAGCAGCAGCGGCGGCGGCGGCAGCGGUAGCAGACACAGCCACAAAACGCCGCCGCAACACGAAUAUCAAACGGAGCACGGCGGAGCAGCCGGAGCAGGAGCAGGAGCAGCAGCAGCUGGAACAGGAACAGCAACGGGCGGAGGAGGCGGCGGAACAUCGGGAGGAGGUGGAGGCAGCGCAGGAGGCGGUGGAAGCAGUGAAACGGGCAGCGGUAAUCCGUCGCAUCGCGAAUCGGAACAACAUCGCUAUCAUCACUACCAACAACAGCAUCAGCAUCAGCAGCAGCAGCAACAAUAUCACAACCAACACCAGCAACAGCAACACCUCCAUCUGCCAGGACAUCAAUCGCAACAGCAACAGGCCUAUCAGUCCUAUCAAUACCCUUCGCACGACAGCUGCGAGGGAUUCAAUCAAUUCGCCAACAACACGACCAGCUGCCUGGGCAAUCAGAGAAUGAUGGUUAGCAAAUUGUGGAACAGUUGCUUUCCGGAGUUCACGCCGGAUCACGUACAUCGGCACAACUUCUAUCUCUGUCAGUGGCAACGCAAUACUCAGGUGCGAAUUGUGUAUCUGUUCUAUCGCUGGAUAACGGCCAUAACGUGCCUGGCGGCAUUGGUAUGCUCGCUGCUGGACAUUGGCCGGACUGAGGAUCAUCAUGAGCACCACUAUGCCAAGUGGUGGAUAUACUUGACCCACUGGGGCCUACUCUUUUGUACAGUGCAGGCCUGGCUGGCCGCAUGGAUUGUUACCCAAGGGAUGAUGGUGGAGCGCGAGGACUUUGAGAUUGUGAGGCAGGCGAAGAAGAGUCGAUUGCAUCAUCUCUAUUGGGUGCUCUACACCUGUGCAACAGUCUAUGCCUUCAUUGUAACCAUGUGCUAUUGGCUGCUGGUGCACAAUCCGUCAUACCACAGGAUCGACACGCUGAACAUCAUGGUCCAUGUGCUGAAUUCGGUUAUAAUGCUCAUCGAUCUGGCGAUUGUGGGGCAUCCGAUAAAGAUGAGCCACGCCUACUUUACCACAGGCAUUGGCCUCGCCUAUGCCAUAUUCACGGGCAUUUAUUUCUUGGCCGGCGGCACAGACAGGAAAAACAAUACUGCCAUCUAUCCGAUGAUGGACUGGACCAAGCCGGGCAAAGCCAUCAUUGUGACGGCCUGUGCCAUCAUCUUUACGUUCUUUGUGCACUUUUGCUGCUAUCUGCUUUACCGUGGACGCGUCUGGCUGUUCACCAAACUCUGCAUCCGUGGACGUCACAAUCGGGAUGGCGAAAUGGGCGAGGGACUCAAUGAUGAUUCGGGAUCGCGCAUGGGUGGAGGUGGUGCUAGUAUCGGUGGUGCCGCUGCUGUGGUUGGCGGCGGUGGCAGCAGCCAGGACUAUGCGCAUCAGCAGCAGUAUCCGAUUGCGUAUACGGAGCAGCCACGCCCCAUUUCACAGCAGCCGCCAGCCAGCUAUCAGAUGCCACCACAAUAUUCCGGUUAUCUGCAGCAGCCCGUGGUUGCUGGCGUCAAUGUGGGAGUGGUCAGUGCAGAGGGUGUAUAUCAACCGAUCGGCACAGAUUCGGGACGUACAAGUGGAGGAGGAGGAGGAGGAGGAGGAGGAGUAGGCAGUGGAGUUGAUGGUUCCAGCAAGCAUAAGAGUUCCGGCUCCGGUUCGGGCUCGGGAUCGGGAUCGGCACUGACACGUACUGUUGCCCAUUUGGAUGCUGCUCAGCGGGAGCAGUUCCUAAAUCCCAACAAGAUUGUCGAGUAUAAGAUGUAAAGGCGUUGUACCCGGCACCGGUAUACGUUCCACUUGUCCAUGAAGUUUCUGGAGAAGCACUGUGCGCAAUGCGAGGCGGCGCGUCUGGCCGUCAACGAGGAGCAGCGCCAUCUAGCGGCGGCCGAGUCGCAUGCGCACAGUGGUUAGUUUAAGAUUGGCAAUUUUAGCACGUUGAUUUUCCCAAAU